UCCAUCUCACUUUUCCAUCUACAAUCAGCAGCCAGCAUCCAGCCUAGUCGCUUUUCUCGCGUCACGCAAAUAAUACCCAACUUUUCCCCCUUUCUCAACCCAAAAAAACCCACAUUCACAAUGACUGGAGGCGGCAAGUCCGGCGGCAAGGCCAGCGGUUCUAAGAACGCGCAAUCCCGUUCCUCCAAGGCCGGUCUCGCUUUCCCCGUUGGCCGUGUUCACCGUCUGCUUCGCAAGGGCAACUAUGCUCAGCGUGUUGGUGCUGGUGCUCCCGUGUACCUCGCCGCCGUUCUCGAGUACCUUGCCGCUGAGAUUCUCGAGCUCGCAGGCAAUGCUGCCCGCGACAACAAGAAGACCCGUAUCAUCCCCCGUCAUCUUCAGCUCGCCAUCCGCAACGAUGAGGAGCUGAACAAGCUUUUGGGUCACGUUACGAUUGCCCAGGGUGGUGUUCUGCCCAACAUUCACCAGAACCUGCUGCCCAAGAAGACCGGAAAGGGUGGCAAGAACCAGAGCCAAGAGCUGUAAAUGGGUAUCUAGGGUUUGGGUUUCUUUCGUGCUGGUCGGCUGCUUUGGGUUGUCAUGACAUCGGGGUCACGGUUCAGGGUUCACGGUUGAUUUUCACGUUUGGGUUGUACAAUAAUACCACGGCAGGAAGCUGCGGUUACGAAUGAGAAUAC